UAAAGGCGUCCGAAAGUCAGGCCUGGUCCACAUUUGUGCUGCCGGAAUCAGUCGCGUCACAUCAUGACAAAGUCUAACGCUUCAACUUUCUUCUGGGCGGCGGGGGUCUGUCUCCUCAGCGCCGCCUUCGUCUGCCACGCCACGAUGGGAGGACAACGCUACUCGGUCAACAUCCACUUCGUCCCCCCUCUGGUAACGGGAGCUUGUAACGUGGCCCAGUUUUGGACCCCGCCAAACGUUACAUGCGCCUGGUGUUUUUGCAUGACGGGAACGUUAAGUCGGUGCAUUCCACAGCCGGGCUGCACCCCGGCCAACGAGACCACGACCGCGGCACCGAACGGAACGACUACGGCGACGACAAUGCCGUCUCCAAUGCAAAACAACCCACCUGGCACGGCGGCCCCUUCCAUGGUUACGCCAUCCACGGCCGGGUCCACGGCCGCUGCACCCACGCCAGCUCCGUCGGCUCCUCCAGCCGAAGCGACGUCACAAGCUCCCGCUCUGGCCACGAAUCUGAUCCGGAAACGGAGAGGGGCUCGGAAAACAAAGGCCAAAUUCUAAACGUCUCCGUGUUUCGUAAAGUGGUUAAAUGUAUGUUAUAAGGUUAUUAGGAAUUAUUGCACAAUUUAGUAUGGAAAAUAAUUUGCACUUUGCACACAGUGUAAAAUUUGUAACAAGUUAUUUAUUUUGUAAAGGAUGGAUAAAGGAUAAUUAAAAUACAAAAAAAAACA